AUGCCUCCAUCUCCUAUCCAAUCGGACUUCAUCGUCCCGGCCGGUCUUUUUGCUCCCGCUGCCAUUCCUCCCACCAGCUCCCAUUUCGACGAUGCCAUAAAAGCAGCCAUGGCCAACAUCCCUAAGUGGUAUGAGGUCGGCAUCAGCAAGUACAGAGAAAUGUGGGAAAAUGGCGAAUUCCCCGUGCAGCCGGUCCGUCUCGACUGCGCCACCAACAUCUCCAUCCCUUCCCGUGAACCGGGGCGAGAUAUCAUUUGCCGAUUAUUGAAACCACAAAACGGAACACAGACGCACCAUGUCUUCAUGCAUAUCCAUGGCGGAGGCUGGUCGAUGGGAAAUGCUGGGGACCAGGACUCAUGGCUACAGAGCAUUGCUGAUACAGCUCGACUGGUUAUAGUCAGCGUGGGCUACCGGCUUGCCCCCGAACAUCCAGGCCCCGCGGGGGAUGAGGAUUGCUUUGACGCUGCGGAAUGGCUCAUCCUCAACGCACGUGAGUGGUUUGGUGCCGAACUGGCCUUCAUUGGCGGCGAAAGCGCCGGAGGGCACCUGAGCCUGGUCUCUGCUCUUCAUCUUCUCUCGCACGAGAAGGCAGAGAUUCGAGAGUUCAAAUUGACUGGGGGUCUGAUUCUACUGUUUGGAUGCUACGAUCUUGGCUUUACACCCUCACAGAUCCACCAUCGUUUGGCAUCGAAGAACGGAGACGAUGGGGCGAGACAGCUUGAGCUCGUCAACCUCUAUCAACCCAACGUGGUUGGAGACGCCUGGAAGAAUCCUCGAAUAUCGCCACUGUAUGCGGACCUGGAAGAAUACAGAAACGCGGAUGGCAUAAGCAGCCGAUUGCCACCAGCACUAUUUAUUGUCGGAACGAAAGACUUUCUGCUUGACGACACCAUCUUCAUGUCCGCGAAAUGGCAGAUGGCCGGCGCCCCGGCCGUUGUCAAGAUUUUCCCUGGCGCGACACAUGGAUUCAUCGCAUUCCCUCCGGACCAAGUACCGAGUGCGAAAUCGGGAAUGGAAAGUCUGUUUGCUUUCAUCAGGUCUCGACUUGGUUAGAAACACUGCAAGAGCUUUGGUUUAUUCGUUUUUUGUUACUCUGGUAGCUUUAGGUGUGCAUGAAGUGGGACGGAGACGAGAAGUACUGGCAACGAAGGCGCAAAGCGAUUAGGAAUCAAAAAGGUCUCGCAGUCAAAGACACGGCAGUCACUUGUAGGGGAGGCCAUUGGGCAUUCCCCGAGCAGCAGAGGUGCACCGGAGAAGGAGGAGGGAGAAAUAGGGCCAGCUGGACGAAAAUGCAGGGACGUAGGACAGAUGAGGCAUAUAAAGUUUUUAAAGGCGGUACUGAGAGUAUGCCACGCGUAAAUGUAGUGAU